AUGAUGGAGCCUGUUCCUGAUCCCUGCUACACGUGCCGCAACCGGCGCAUCCAGUGCGACCAGUCUGGUGUGCCCUGCGGCAAGUGCGAGAAGGCCGGCCUGGAAUGUCUUGACAAACGGCCCUUUCGAUGGGUCAAGGGCGUCGCUAUCCGCGGGAAGAUGCAAGGGCGAUCAUAUGAGAAUGCGGGGCUCUCUUUUACGGCACAACAUGCACCCGUGUCGGCGAAGCGCGCUUUGAUUCAGUCUUCGCAGUGUCGUCUUGGCAGAUCUAAUGGCGCUUCCGGCACUUCACUGAGUAUACCAUUUAAUUUGCAAGAUCCAUCCACGUUGCAUCUGGACCCAACAUCUAAAUACUAUAUUGAUUAUUGUGAAUAUCCCCACCGUUGUCUCCGUCUCUUCUAUUUACUGACAGACUUCACAGACAAUGAACGCAUUUGCAAACUUUUCAUCGUGUACGAUAGCGACAAGAACCCAUUCAGAAACCUCAUCCCUCUGGGCAUGAAGGAUCCCGUACUGCUGAAAGCUCUCUUAGCGAUGGCGGCACGUCACCGUGCCAACACCGGCCAACCUUUCCACCAACUCGAUAAACCCAUCUCGCCCAGCCUGAUCAAUGCAAACCGUGAUGCGCUUCUCUUCAAGCACCAAGCCAUGGAAUCACUAUCACAUUCCAUACGCGACAAGGACCUUUCUAACCAGGACACCACGGUGGCCAGUAUUUUCUUGUUAAUCUUUCUGGACCUCCUGGAGUCCGGAAGUGACGGGUGGAAUUUUCACCUGGAAGGUGCCAAGAACCUGAUUGCUUCCACCUACAAACAUUCCGAGAACCAGGCUGUGAUCAAUGAUGGGCCCGGUGAGACAGUGCGAGAGAUUCGACAUUUUAUCUUGAAGCAGAUUUACCUGAUUGAAACUCUCGGUGCGACUUUCUUGCGCCCUAAACUAUUGUCUCAAGUUGCUUCUUUCGACCAGCGAGAACCCCAGCUUCAGGAGACCAUUGAAAAAUCGUUCCUUGGAUGUCCUGAAUACAUUCUCAUGGCUAUCCAACAGCUUUCAAUGCAAAGAGACAGCAUUGCAGGUUCCAGACCUCUCGCUAGUGAUACCGUCAGAUCCCAUACCCGGGAUACUACAAUACUACUAGAACUCGUCCGGAAUUUUGACAGCUAUGCUUGGGCAUCGAAUGCCCAACGAUCACGAACCACUUCACCGCAGGAAAUUGCCAACCUAUGCACAUUAUCCGAAGCGUAUAAAUUCGGCGCUCUCCUGUACGGCAGACGUAUCCUUGACUCUGUGACAGGGGAGUUCACUGACCAGGAUGACAAAGUCGUCGAGCUUUUGGGUAUGGCUGACUCCUUGAAGGAAGAUGAGGCCUUGUUCAAGUGCGUUCUCUGGCCAAUGUUUGUUGCUGGCCUUGAGUCUCAAUGGCAGGCCCAAAGAGACUUCCUCGUUGGCUGCAUGGAGAGGUUCUGGGAUAUUACGAGUUGCUUAAACGCUGUCAAUGCGACAAAGAUCCUGCAGGAGUACUGGCAGAAAGAAAGCUCACCGGGCGAAAUGCGGUCUGAAUGGAUCUUCAAAAUCGGUCGCCUGGGCCGCGACUGGCUCUGGAUAUAA